AAGUUUAUUUUUACAUUUAAGAUGAAUGAAGAACGUAACGGAAAGCAAGAAGUUGCGUACAACAAUCCAGUACCCGGAAUGCUAGCAGUGUCGAGAAUGUCACAGAAUCCGUUUGCUAUCAAGACGACGACAACUCCGACACGGAGCCUUGCAGACAGCACAGAUUACAAAGAAUCAAGGCCUCUCGUGGCACCUUCGACAUUGAAUUUUGUAUCAGAAUCGUCUUGCACUGUUUCAUCUUCGGCAUCAAAAUUAUUACUUCGUCCAUCUGCCCUUGCAGCACAGGCUGAAAAGUUAAAAAUUGUUAAUUCUCAAAAAACAGGUUGUAAGCAAGAAGACAAAGAAAAUACAUUAGUAGAAAAUCUUUCAGUAGGAUCAAAAGAAGUAAAUUCGACAAGCAAUGAAAGUAAUGGCAAAGUACCCAGAUCUGAAAUCAUGGGAUCGGUGUGGAUGUCGGAAAGUUCUUCGAAUUUAUUUGUAUCGAGUACCUCAAAAACCGUUCUGUGCGGCAGUGACGAUUUUGCUGCGGCCAAGGCAGACGAGAGGACAGGAUUUAUAUUUGGACAAAAUUUACACGAAAGAGUAUUGCUCUGCUCAAAGAAAGAUCCAGAUAUAACGCCUAACAUUCCGUCUUUCCCUUUCAAUUUUUUUAAGCAGAAUUAUGAUGAUGCUCCAUCUCAAUCUCCCUCACCAGCAAAUACAAAUCUGUCUUUUCAAGAAGCAGCUACCCAGCAGGAUGAUGAUGAUAAAGGAGGUAAAUUUGCCAAAAGUCUUUCUGAGUCCGCAGAAGAAUAUCAGUCGAGACAAGUGAAAAGGAAAUUUGAUGAAGUUACUGUUAUCACAGGCGAAGAAGACGAGUCUAAUGUAUUACAGAUAAAUUGUAAAUUAUUUGCAUUCAACAAAUUGGCGAGCACAUGGCAAGAACGAGGUCGAGGAAUACUUAGACUGAAUGAUAGAGAAGUAGAUGGAACUUUACACUCUAGAGUUGUGAUGCGAACUCAAGGCAGUUUGAGGGUGGUUCUCAAUACUAAAGUAUGGUCGGCAAUGUCUGUGGAAAAAUCUAGUCCCAAGACCGUUCGUCUCUCUGCAAUGGACACCGAUGGAGUUAAAGUAUUUCUUAUCAUGGCACAUCCUAAAGAUACAGAACAGUUAUUUAAUGCUUUGGAUUGGAGAGUCACAAUUUUGAAAUCUCAAGAAGACAUGGGAAAGAAAAAUUCCGGUCUGGCGGUCAUAGAGGAAGCAACCAGCUCCACUCCUCUCGAAGAGUUAUGUCGACAGGAAGACAAUGGCGACUCAAGAAAGAGAGUCUGCCUUUCCUCUUCUAAUGAGGGAGGAGCUGACAGCAGCUCAGAGAUAUCAUUUUCCAGAGGAUCAGAAUCCGACGUCGACAAUCCGGCAGACUCCACAGACACAAGUGUGGGCUCGGUUGGAGUGAGUGACAGAAGCAAUCCCGACAGCAGAAACAACAAAUCAAAUAGUUAAAAAUAAGUAUUGCCAAGUUUUAAAACAAUUCAGACUGCUGCAAGAAAAAAAAAUAAAUAAAAUGAUGUGUUUAAGACUGUGAAGAAAUUCCUUUUUUUUGAGGAAUUAUAUAUUAACUUACAUUAGCGAUCGCCUUUCCCCUUCUUUUUUUAUUUCCCCCCUUUCUCGCAACACUAGAAUCAGUUGGAAUUCAGUGCAUAUUGCCAUACGAUACGUUUCUACGUUAUUCAUCGUGUCAUGUGAGUGUGAUUGAAGUGUGACCUCAGCUCUCCGUUUUUAUUUCGAAUCGUUCUCUUGUGAAUACAAGAUUAAUUUAGUCGCUGUGGAUAACUCAACACGAUACCUCACAUGUAAUUAACAUAAAUAAAACAUCAUGUUGGUGUUUACGUGACCAUGGUCACGGUAAAAUAAGCAUUUUAAUGCUCUCUUUACUGAACUGAUGUUUGGAAAAAGCUGUGUACAGUAAAUGUUAAGUUUUGUUUUAUUAUUAUUAUUAUUAUUUUAUUAUUUUUUUUUUUUCUUUUAAUCAGUACGACCAUGUCGUGACAAAUCUUGUCACGUUCACUCUGUAAUCUUUCUCCCCAUUUAAAAAAAAAUCAUCAUAAUAUUUGAAACAAUGUUAAAUAAAUUACCAUGUAUAUUAAA